AUGCCAGGUUUCUCUGCAUCUACCGGUGUCUGUCGUGCGUGCCGAGUAACCUUGCAAGCCGAGCUUUCCUCUCUUGAUUGGAACGGCACCCAAGGUCAAAUCUACGGUUCUGCCUAUGGGGUUGGCUACCACCGCAAGGAUCGAGCUGAUAUCUGGUUGUUCUACGUGAACUUCUUCAUCACGCUCUGCAACACCAUGUUUAAUUUGGCGCUCACCAUCUACGCCGUGCAAGCGACGGAUCCGGAAGUGGCCCAAGCUGGCGUGUCGGCGUUUCUCAGCACUCUGUCGAGUGUGUCUGUGGGUCUGGAGUCGGAGAUCGGGUACAAGCUGUAUUUGAUGCUGAUUCCCGGCCAGUUUUUCGUCAGCCCUUUGAUGGGCUACCUCACGGGAUGCAUCGUGCAGUAUGUGCAGGUCACAUUGGUCGCCAAGAUCAUCUACGUCUGGAAAUGUCUGCCGGACCUGCUGUUGAAGCUCUUGAAGUUGCUCUUGCCAUGGGCGCCAGACAACUUGAAGGAGUACGACAGGAGAAGUGCCGAGAUGGGCUUUCGUGCUGGACAGAUCGGCUUGCCCUGGGACUACAGCAACUUGAUCUUGAACCCCUUGUUGGUCUUCUUCACGUUCUUCUUCGUGUCAAUGAACAGCUGGACGGAGAGUGCUGGCCUCGUAGCCUGGGCGGUGUUCUUCUUUGGCUACAGCCGCUUCAUGCACCUCCGGGUACAAUCAGUUGGCUUCUACAGCACUCACAAGUUGGACUGGAAUGUGUGGAUCGUCUGGGGAGCGGCGCUCUCAACCGUCGCCACUUGUGCGGUGGCCUGGGAGUUUCGUUCAGGUGCUGUGCUGAAGGGCGCUCCGCUGUGGCAGAAGUGGGCCAUUCUCUUCGCCACUUAUGCUGCUGGUUGCCUUCUUUGGGUUGGUUGUCUCGUCAUUCUGCACCCGGGAUCCAUGGAGAAGGGCCCCGAUGCGAGGGAUGGUGAUUUCCUAAACUGCAAGAAGGACUGGAUAUUUUCCUGGUUCAACUGCAACCCCGUCUUUACAGUGAAGUGCUUGCACUACCUGCCCAAGCUUCUCCAGGAUUCUGAAGUUGCGCAGGACGCGAGCGCCAUCCUUGACAAGGCAACGUGCUGGGGCCAUCCCAUCGCCUGCGGUGACGACCCAAACGAAGUGAGAUACUACAGUCCUGGCAAAGAGUACCUUCACUUCGGGCCGGAGAAGCAGAAGAAGAUCCAGGAACUGGACCUCCAUGACUGGUUGGAGUUCGAGUCUUAUCUUGAAGCUCUAGCCCAUGUGGCAGACCUUUGUCGCAGAAAUCGGGGUCACAUCAAACCGGAAGAGCUCUACCAGCAGAUGGAUCUCUUGAAGAUUGACUUCAAUGCAGUCAAGAUUUGA